AUGGAACCCACAAAUGAAACAGCAUCUAUUGAAUUCUUUCUCCUGGGACUGACAGAUGAUCCAGAACUCCAGCCUCUCAUCUUCAGCCUCUUCCUGUCCACCUACCUGUUCACCAUCCUGGGCAAUCUGCUCAUCAUUCUGGCUGUCAGUGCUGACCCCCACCUCCACACCCCCAUGUACUUCUUCCUCUCCAACCUCUCCUUCACUGAUAUCUGCAUCAGCACCACCACUAUCCCAAAGGUGCUAGUGAACAUCAAAGCCCAAGACCAGAGCAUCACUUACACAGGGUGCCUAACUCAGAUUGGCUCUGUUGUGACAUUUGGUGGUUUAGAAAACUGUCUCCUUGUAGUGAUGGCCUAUGACCGCUAUGUGGCCAUCUGUCACCCACUGAGGUACAUGGUCAUCAUGCACCCUGGCCUCUGUGUCCUGCUGGUCCUCUAUUCUCUCUUCAUUAGUGCAGGGCAUGCCCUGCUCCACAGUCUGAUGGCAUCACAUCUAUCCUUCUGUCAAGAUGUGGAGAUUCCUCACUUCUUCUGUGAGCUCACACAGGUCAUCCGUUUGGCCUGUUCAGACACAUUGAUCAAUAACCUCCUCAUGUAUAUAGUGUCUAGCCUAUUUUUUGGUGUGCCACUUGUGGGUAUUAUUUUCUCUUAUGCUCAGAUUCUCUCCUCCGUUUUGAGGAUCCCAUCAGCAGGAGGAAAGUCUAAAGCUUUCUCCACCUGUGGCUCUCACCUGUCGGUCGUGUCCUUGUUCUAUGGGACAGGUUUCAGUGUCUACAUGAGUUCGGCCGUUACAGAGUCUUCCUUUAAAAAUAUAGUGGCUUCCAUGAUGUACAUUGUGAUCCCACAGAUGCUGAACCCCUUUAUCUACAGUAUGAGGAACAAAGAAAUGAAGGGAGCCUUGAGACAUCUCAUCAUGGUUCUAUCUUCUCUUUGUGGGGGAGAAGGGGAAAGAUUGGGAAAUCCCAAUCUUAAUACCUAUAACUUCCUGAGCAGGUGA